ACUAGUCGAUCAUGGCUGUUUGUUGAAAUAUUUCGCUUUGUUUUCUAUUGACAUUCUAUUCAAUCGAAGUCUCCUUGAGAGAAAAAACCUCGCGAUCCUUCAAGCUAAUUUACUGAUGUAGAUGAGCAAGUAUAUAUUACAUGCCAGUCAUGUCAGAUGAUACGAAAUUUAUCAACAUUAAUGAGAUUAGACCAGGGGCAAAAAACGUGAAUGCUGUAUUUAUCGUGCUAAGUAUAGGGAAACCUACCAAAACAAAGGAUGGGCACGAGGUACGGUCCUGCCGGGUUGCUGACAAAAGUGGUUGUAUAAAUUUGUCGGUGUGGGAUGACUAUGGAACGUUGAUGCAAAGUGGAGAUAUUAUCCGUUUACACAAAGGGUAUGCAUCAAUAUUUAAAGGUUCACUAACAAUGUAUAUGAGCAAAUAUGGAUCUAUAGAGAAGAUUGGAGAUUUUUGCAUGGUGUUUUCAGAGCAGCCGAAUAUGAGUGAUCCGAAUGCUGAAUUCCUACAACUAUACAAAAAGACCAAUGACAAACCAAUCCGUGACACAUCAAACACCCACACACUUCAAACUCCCACACAGUCUCUUCCACCACCCCCACCACCACAUGGCCCAUCUACACAUGGCCAACCACCAACCACUUCUUCAUCUAAUCAUUCCCAACCUCCCUCUGAUCCACGUUCGGGUAGGUUCCAUCCCUACUCAAGAGACACGAGCCAAGGAAAUAUUGUGAACGCUGCCAAAGAUCCACGCCUACGAAAUAGAGGAAAUGCUAAUGCAAAUAGCAUGGGAAGAGGUGCAAGUGCCCCUGCGACCCGUGUCGGUAUGGGGGGUGGUAGUGCUGAGGCAGCACCAAAGAACAUUAUAAACACUUCCAGAGACCCAAGAAAUCGGAACAGAUAAUACAAUAUUGCAAUGCCAUCUGGCAAUACCAUUCCAUUACUAUGCAUACCAUAGCACUGUACCAUAGUGAAACCAUUAUCUCGGGCAUUUGUGACAUUUUUGGUAAUACACAGGUUUAAUUUGCAUCUUGUAUAAAUUAUACAGGUUUUCUGAGACUAGGGUAAGGCAUUCAUUGACCAACACAUGUGUAGACGUUACUUUUUUGAUUACAUGGAAUAAGUAGUUGUUGGUGGUUGGUACACGGUAAUAAUGA